AUGGAUUUGAUGCUAGAUGUUUUUGAUAAUGACGCAGAAGCUGUUCAAGGUGGAGAUUCUGAUACCAUCAACAAAGCUACAUCGCCGAUAAUGGGCUACAGCUUACGGUAUAACAAUCUUACGGCCCUUAUUAUGGCAGCCUCAGACUCGACAGUAGUGACUUUGACAUGGGCUCUCUCGUUACUGGUCAACAAUCCUAAUAUCCUAAAGAAGGCCCACCUUGCAAUAGAUACCUAUGCUGGUAAGGAGAGACAGGUAGAGGAAUCAGAUGGGCAGAAUUUGGUUUACCUAAAAGCCAUCCUAAAGGAAACGCUGCCUUUAUACCCAGCGGCACCCCUCUUGAUUCCACAUGAGGCCACUGAAGAUUGCACAAUAGAUGGCUACGAUGUUCAAAAAGGAACAAGACUUCUUGCUAAUAUUUGGAAGAUUCAAUAUGAUCCCCGGGUGUGGCCCAACCCUAACGAAUUUGAGCCGCAAAGAUUUCUAACUCACAAAGAUGUUGAUGUUAGAGGACAAAAUUUUGAAUAUUUGCCCUUUGGCAGUGGUAGAAGCAUGUGCCCUGGAGUAUCUUUCGCCCUUCAAGUCAUGGAACUAACCCUGGCAACAUUGAUACAUCGGUUUGAUUUUGAAACCCCAACAGGUGAACCGAUUAAUAUGAAUGAGAGCAUUGGAUUAACCCACCAACGAGCAACGCCCCUUGAAGUUCUUCUCAGUCUGCGCCUUCCUUCUCGUCUCUAUGGACAAUAA